ACAUUCAACAAGAGUUCCUUUCCUGAUCUUCUAGCGCGGCUUGGUCAACUUUCUCCAUGCUGGCUUCCAGCUACCAGCGCAGUCUCGCAACAACAACACCAUGGCAUCGCCGGCCCUAGCCGCAAUGAAAGGCCUGCGCGUCGCCGUGGAAGGAUGCGGCCAUGGGACAUUGCAUGAAAUAUACGCCUCUAUCAAGAAGUCGUGCGAGCUCAAAGGCUGGCCAGGCGUCGAUUUGCUGAUUAUUGGAGGAGACUUUCAGGCCGUCCGCAAUGCCUACGACCUGAAAGCCGUCUCGAUGCCCGAGAAGUACUACGCAAUGCACGACUUCCAUGAGUACUAUUCUGGUGCUCGGACGGCGCCAUACUUGACGAUAUUCAUAGGAGGAAACCACGAAGCCAGCAACUAUAUGUGGGAACUAUACUAUGGCGGGUGGGUCGCACCUCGGAUCUACUACAUGGGUGCAGCGAACGUCGUUCGGCUGGGGCCCCUCCGCAUCGCUGGUCUUUCUGGAAUCUGGAAAGGGUACAACUACAAAAAGCCGCACUUCGAACGCCUGCCCUAUAACCAGGACGACGUGAGGAGCAUAUACCACGUAAGGGAGCUUGAUACACGCAAGCUUCUUCAGAUGCGGACCCAAGUCGACAUCGGGUUGAGCCACGACUGGCCUCGCGGCAUGGAAUGGAAAGGAAAUCAUCGGCAACUCUUCAGGUUUAAGCCUCACUUUGAACAGGAAGCAAAAGACGGUACCUUGGGCAGCGUUGCCGCGGCGCAGGUCUUGGAGCGAUUGCGGCCUGCGCACUGGUUUAGCGCCCAUAUGCAUGCUCGAUACUCCGCCAUCUGGGAGCAUGGAGAUCCGCAAGCAACCUCGACCCAUGUUACCAGCAACGGUGUCCCUUCACGGGCUACUCAGAACGACGAGAUCGAUUUGGAGAUGGAAGAUGCUACCCCAGCGCCUGCUGCAAAGAACGAGGCCGAGAUUGAUCUUGACUUGGACGACGAAGUCCAGGCGCCAGUUCUGGCGCCAAAAGAGGCGAACAACGGGGAAUUACAAGAAGUGCCACAAGAUAUCAGGGAUCUUCUGCCAGAGUCUUUCGCGCGUCCUGUCACGCAGUCCCCGCUAGCUCUGCCUUUCCCGGCGGAGAUAACGAAUAGGACAACAAAGUUCCUCGCGCUCGACAAGUGCUUGCCCAACAGGCAUUUUCUCCAGUUGCUGGAGAUAGCUCCGCUUUCUCCGUCUGACUUUCAAAGGCCUCUCAAGUUAGCGUAUGACAAAGAGUGGCUCGCUAUUACGCGAGUUUUCGCCAAGGACCUGCAAGUAGGUGAUCCUGUGGCACAAGUUCCUGCGGACAGCGGCGAUGCUUUCUACAGGCCUUUGGUCGAGAAAGAGAUGGAAUGGGUAGAAGAAAACCUUGUCAAAUCAGACAGGAUGACUAUACCUGAGGAUUUUGCUCAGACGGCGCCCGUGUACGAUGCGGCUACUGGUAUCGACGUCAAGGGCAUACCGCAGGAGUACUCCAAUCCACACACGCAAGCAUUCUGCAACCUACUACAGAUCCCAAAUGCUUUCCAUGCGUCAGACGAAGAGCGAGCGCAGAUGAUGCAAAAGGGUCCUCGGCCCGGUUCCGAACGUUCCGACAGAGGAAGUAGGGGCGGGUACAGAGGCGGAAAUAGGGGAAGAGGUCGAGGUCGAGGCGGGUUCAAUGCUAAUUACGCACCAGUUGGACGAGGCCGCGGUCGCGGUCGUUGGUGAACCGAGAGCGAUGGGACUAACGACGCGCCGCGCACUCCGAUUCCGUAUGCGAUAGCGAUUGCACGGGAUAGCGGCGGCAGCGGGAUAGGCCCACGUUGACAGAUACCACGAGUUCGGGAACGCCACUCUGACCACUCUCAUCGAUCAACGGGCCGCUUUUCGACGGUGAUGACGGCUGUAGCACGGUAAUUGCGGUACACUACUUUAGAGCCUCAGGCGGUUCUGCAUGCGGGCGACACAGGGUCUAAUGGCCGGUGCGGAGUGGGUCAGUAAAUGAACCCUCGCUGCACGAUGAUGUCUACAACGAAUGCAUUAUAGUAGCAUUGCAAAGCGAGGCCAUUCUAGCAUAUACGCGGCCACCCGCUGGCAGAGCGCAGUAUUUGGUUAUGAUUCAGCAAGUC